AUGGUUUCUACCAUCAUUUUCAUUCUCUAUGUCACUGGGACAUCCCCUGUGGAGUACAUUUCCCCCCCAAGGCUGCCGGAGCCUCCUAAAGUAUGCCCUGUGGGGACUGCCGAGCACACCAUCACCCCCCUGAACAACACUGACCACUUCCUGGUGUCAGCCUUCAUGGACCAGAGAAAACCAGAAGACCAAGGGAAUGAGGAGAAAAAGUUGCAGUUUAACUUCACAGUCUGUAUCUCUAAUUUGUUUGGAGGAAUCAACAACGUGCUUCAGUUUGUACAGACGCUGGAGAUGUACAGGUUGCUAGGUGUUGACAGGGUGGUGAUCUACAACACCAGCUGUGGCCCAGAACUGGACCUCCUAUUGAAGAGCUACAACAGGACAGGCUUCCUGGAGAUAGUUCCUUGGCCGAUCGACUUGUUUCUGAGUCCAUCUUGGGGCUGGCUCUACUCUGUGAGCGGGGGGGACGUGCAUUACUUUGGUCAACUGGCUACACUUAACGAGUGUGUUUACAGAUCCAUGGACCGGUCACGUUACGUCCUGUUGAACGAUAUUGAUGAGAUUAUAAUGCCAUACCAACACAACAACCUGAUGUCUCUGAUGAACACACUCCAACAGCAGCAUCCAAAUACAGGUGUGUUCCUCAUUGAGAACCAUAUCUUCCCCAAGACUGUUUUCGAGCCAAGCAAGAGGUUUCAUCUACCUAAGUGGGACAAAGUGCCGGGGGUCAAUAUUCUGGAGCACAUCUACAGGGAGGACCCCGACAGAACAAAAUAUCACCCGCACAAAUUAAUAGUUCAGCCAAGGUUGGUGGAGCAGGUUUCUGUGCAUGAUGUGCUCAAGGCUUUUGGAACCACAUUCAAAGUUCCCCCAGACGUUUGUCGGAUCAUUCACGUCCGUGUUUAUCUGAGGGGAAAAUUGGAUGCCAAGGAGCUCAAUGAGGAUAAACGCCUGUGGGACUUUAACGAAAAACUAAUUCCCAGUGUUGACAAAGCACUGGAGAGAGCAGGGCUGCUGAGAUCAGAACCUGCCCUUUAACAGGUUAUGUACUUCAAGGUCUAGAAACGUCAACUGAUCAUCUGUUCUAAUGAAACUCAGUUUAGUCUUGAAACCUUUCUGUGUUCUAAUCUCUUUCCAUUUUUUUCAAAAGCAGCUCCAAUAUUGUUGCCUCUUUUACCUUUUUUCUUGCACCGAGAGCAUAAAACCCUUUACAAGAAGCCAGUACAUGUAUUUGAACAUAGAAUGUUCCCCUAAUUUCUGAUGAUAAAGUUAGGUCAUUUUAGGAUUCAGCUUCCUGAGGAGGUAUUUUCGCUGCUGACAUUUCCUGAGAAUCUUCUCGGUGAGAAUUUCAGCAGGCUGUCGAAAAUAGUACCCAGGUACUUAAACUCCUCUACUAGUUCAACAGGAUUCCUAUGGAUUGUGGGGAUUGCAGCUGCAGCCAGUUCCCUCUGCUUGUUGGAGAAGGUCACCACCAUUCCUUUGGUCUUGCUCAUGUUCAGUUGGAGGCAGGAGCUGUCACAUCACUCCACAAACUCCUGAAGAACUGGUCCAUGGUGCUGAGAGGGGCCUGACAGCAGAGA